CCUGUUCUGCAUUCAUUUCUUCAUCCCAAAGAAGCCAACACAGAAUGGGGUUCCUUCAAAGCAUCUCUCUCGUAAUCCUUCUCUUCCUUCUCCAUGGCACUGAGUCAACACUCCCUCCAUUUGCCUGUGACUCAUCCAACCCAUCAACAAAGUCGUUCACUUUCUGCGAAACCUCACUACCCAUCCUAAAACGAGCCAGAGACCUUGUUUCCCGCCUCACAUUGGACGAGAAAAUCUCUCAGCUCGUUAACGCAGCUCCUCCGAUCCCCCGUCUCGGUAUUCCAGGCUAUGAGUGGUGGUCGGAGGCUUUACACGGCGUCGCCAGUGUUGGACGCGGCGUCCACUUCAAUGGGACUAUUCGGGCCGCCACAAGCUUCCCUCAAGUCAUUCUCACUGCCGCUUCCUUCGAUGUCCAUCUCUGGUAUCGCGUCGGCCAGGUGAUCGGAAUCGAAGCUAGAGCGAUGUACAAUGCUGGACAAGCAAUUGGGAUGACGUUUUGGUCUCCGAACAUAAAUAUAUUCAGGGACCCAAGAUGGGGGAGAGGGCAAGAGACACCAGGAGAGGAUCCAUCGGUUACAGGGAAGUAUGCAAUGGCAUAUGUGAGGGGGGUUCAAGGGGACUCCUUUGAGGGUGGGAAGCUCAAGGGUCAUCUUAUGGCUUCUGCUUGCUGCAAGCAUUUUACUGCCUAUGAUCUGGACUUAUGGAGGGGUGUGAGCCGGUUCGUUUUCGAUGCUCGUGUCACAUUGCAAGAUCUGGCCGACACAUAUCAACCUCCAUUUCAGAGUUGCAUAGAGCAUGGGCGAGCCAGUGGGAUAAUGUGUGCUUACAACCGUGUGAAUGGGAUCCCAAGCUGUGCAGAUUAUGAUCUUUUAUCCAAAACUGCUAGAGGACAAUGGGGGUUCCAUGGCUACAUCACCUCAGAUUGCGAUGCAGUCUCCAUCAUCCAUGAUGAUCAAAGAUAUGCCAAAUCACCCGAAGAUGCAGUUGUGGAUGUCCUCAAAGCUGGCAUGGAUGUCAAUUGUGGAUUGUACUUGCAGGAACACACUAAGAAAGCUAUAGAGCUGAAAAAACUACCUGAAUCUGAAAUAGAUAGAGCACUUCACAACCUUUUCUCUGUCAGAAUGAGGCUAGGAUUGUUCAAUGGCAAUCCGGUUGAACUGCCUUUUGGCAAAAUUGGUCCAGAUCAUGUGUGUACCAAAAAGCACCAGGCUCUAGCCCUUGAAGCCGCUCGAAAUGGCAUUGUCCUGUUGAAGAACUCUGCCAGAUUGCUCCCACUUUCUAAAAAAAGAACCUCGUCCCUUGCUGUAAUAGGCCCCAAUGCCCAUUCUCCCCAAACACUUCUGGGAAACUAUGCAGGCCCUCCAUGCACGUCUGUUACUCCACUGCAAGGAUUGCAGAGCUAUGUCAAAAACAUAAUCUACCACCCGGGUUGCAAUGUAGUGCACUGUUCUUCAGCUGCAAUUGACAAAGCUGUCAAAAUAGCCAAGGGGGUGGAUUAUGUGGUGUUGGUUAUGGGACUGGACCAAUCUGAAGAGAGCGAGGGCCACGAUCGUGAGCGCUUAGAGCUUCCUGGAAAGCAGCAGGAACUCAUCACCAGUGUUGCAAGAGCAGCUAAGAAACAAGUUGUUCUGGUUCUUCUUUCUGGAGGUCCAGUUGAUAUAUCUUGGGCCAAGCAUGACGGAAACAUCGGAAGCAUCUUGUGGGCUGGUUAUCCAGGCGAAGCUGGAGGAACUGCACUUGCAGAGAUUAUCUUUGGUGACCACAACCCAGGAGGAAGAUUGCCAGUGACUUGGUAUCCACGAGAUUUCGUCAAGGUACCAAUGACAGACAUGAGGAUGAGGCCGGUUCCGUCAUCAGGCUAUCCCGGGCGCACCUACCGGUUUUACAAAGGUGAAAAGGUGUUUGAGUUUGGUUAUGGCCUCAGCUACUCAUACUAUGCUUACGAGUUCUCAUCUGUAUCACAAAGCAUGGUCCAGCUGAAUCAAUCAUCAGCCACACCGACGGUGGAAUACAAGUUAGUUUCAGAGCUGGGGGAGGAACUGUGUAAAAGGAACAAGAUCUCAGUCACUGUUGGAGUAAAAAAUAAAGGGGAGAUGGCAGGGAAGCAUCCGGUAUUACUGUUUGUGAGAAAGGAAAGACCAAGCCAUGGGAGUCCAGUCAAACAGCUAGUUGGUUUCGGGAGUGUAAAUCUGAAUGCAGGGGAAAGAGCUGAAGUUGAAUUUGAGUUGAGUCCUUGCGAACAUCUUACCAGAGCCAAUGAAGUUGGUAUGAUGGUGAUCGAGCAAGGAUUACAUGUCUUGGUUGUAGGUGAUGAAGAGUACCCGGUCACCAUUGCAGUCUGAAACCGAAGAUUCAAGUCCAGAGACAGUCAAUAUUUGGUUUAUGAACCCAGUUGAUGUCUUCGCCAUUUAUAUGCUGUCAUUGGUUGUAAAUGAUGAAUAGUAUUCGGUUACCAGUAUAUUUUGAAAUAAAGGUAAAAAAAAAAAAAAAAAAA